AUGCCCUCACCCAGGGCCCCUCGCUCACCGCUGGAAACGUGGGCGACAAACGCGACACAAGGGCAAUUGAAUGCUUUCUCAGGCGCAGUCGGCGGCUUCGCGUCGGGAAUAUUUACUUGCCCUCUAGAUGUAAUCAAAAUCCGAUUACAGGCCCAGGGUAGCCUUGUCCCCGUCCGCUUCGCAAGUAGAUCCCGCAAACAUGAGCUUUACCGAGGUCUUACCCAGACGGCACGGGUCAUAUGGAGGGGAGAGGGGAUGAGGGGCAUGUAUCGGGGGAUGGGACCUCUCUUAUUGGGAUAUCUUCCGACGUGGGCUAUCUGGUUCACAGUGUACCAACAUUCCAAAGUCACAUUACCCCAAGCUUAUCCUUAUCUUUCUUCAAGACCAAAUUCCGUGAAUAUCCUCUCAUCCAUUGCAGCCGGCACUGCAUCAACAGUUGUCACCAACCCCAUCUGGACAGUCAAGGUUCGCCUUAUGUCGCAGGCAUACCGACCAUGCAGAAGUCGACUGUUCCGCAAAAAACGCAUAUAUCGUCCACACUGGCAUUACCACUCCACACUUGAUGCCGCCUACAAGAUGUACACAACUGAGGGCGUGGGAGCCUUCUAUUCCGGGCUCGGAGCUGCUUUACUGGGCCUCUCGCACGUGGCAGUCCAAUUCCCUACCUAUGAAUACCUCAAGACGAAGUUCACGGGAAAGGGAAUGGGUGCUUCGCGAGAUGAUGAAGCAGAGUGGGUGAGCAUCCUUUCCGCCUCAGUCCUGUCCAAGAUCGCAGCCAGUGGUGUCACAUAUCCCCAUGAGGUCAUUCGCACCAGACUGCAGACCCAAAGACGGCCAGUCCCCGGAGCUGAGUUUCUUGAAGGGCUUGGUGGCUUUGCCAGGCUUCGGGGUGCAGGCCUCAGCGGCAUGGUGCUGCAGGCCAAGUAUCGGGGCAUCGUCGAUACGUUUCACACGAUACUCCGUGAAGAGGGUUGGAGGGCGCUUUAUAAUGGUAUGGGGGUUAAUAUGGCACGGAGUGUUCCUGCGGCCACGGUCACGAUGAUGAGUUACGAAUAUGUCAUGAGCUCACUGCUACGAAUAAAGGACGACGCGAAUGAUGGGUUGGAUGAGGCGUUGUAG